UUAUUUUGGGACCGGACACAGUAAUAUACAAAGAGGAUCUCUGCGAGUUUCAGAGUCCUACAAGAGGUUUUCUUGACUCUAAAAGCUUUGUAAUCACUUGCUAUAUGCCAAGCACUGUUCAGUGAAGUGGUAGUAUAUGGAUGAAUGAACUCGCCUCAACUUCAAGAAGUAACCAUCCACUAAAUGGAAAUGAAGGUCCUAAUAUGUGGCACAACCUGAAACCCAAAGAGGAACUUCUCCAAGGAGCUGACAGACCCAGCCUGCAGAAUUUCAUUGCUUUGCUUCCCAAGAAAUAACUACUAUCAGGAACCAGAUGAUUGUGAGCCACCAUAGGAUUGCUGGGAUUUGAACUCAGGACCUGUGGAAGAACAGCCAGUACUCUUAACCGCUGAGCCAUCUCUCCAGCCCCACUGAUGGUGAAACCACGGGGCUGAGUCACCAUGUCUGCUUGCAGCUGCUGAGACACUGAGGUCUGAAACCCUGGCAAGGACCAGCUCUGCUCCCUUGGAGGAAAUGGCCGAGCAGCCUCAGCCACAGCAGAUGAAAACUUCCUUCCUUUUCAUCCAGCUGCAGCCCCCACCAACCCGAGCUACCCAAACUCUCCCCGCCCCUUUUCCAGAGACCGCUGCUGUCUCAACAGCAGCCCCAGGGGGGUUGGAGGAGGGACACUUUUUCCCAAGUCCCAGAAGAAGCUUUUUCUCUGCUCCCUGGAACCUCAGAUGUACACAGGACUUUGCUACGUCUCCUUCGAGCCUGCAGCCCGAGGAAGGCUCUGGAAUACAGAGACCAGCGGCUUUCCAUUGCUAUUCACUGAAGGAAAAGAAGGAAGAAACUGAGAAAUCCCAGAGUCUGCAUGUAAGGAAGAGUGGUGUUGGUGGAUCCGCACAUAGUAGGCGUUGCCUGGCCCCGGCUCCUAGGAAACUUGGCCUACUACAGCAACUGCCAUGUAGGCUUGCUAGCCCAGCUCCUACACGGAAUGAUGGAAACAGCAGUCCUUCCGUAGACUGGAAGCACUGGCCAGUCACUUCUACCCACGAGGACCUGUGGGAUAUGGACCCAGAAGCCAGGAAUGUCAGCGAAUUCUCAGUUCCACAAAGCACCCUGUCCAAUGCAGCUGACAGGGGCAAAAGAACACCCCACAGGAGAGGGACUGUAAACCAAGAGGUACUCCCAAAGAACUGUGAAGAAGAAACAGGUACCACCGUGCUGGCAACAAGGGCACAGCUCUUCAGAUAUUGCCCAACCGUUCAGAUCAGCCAGAGCUGCCUGGCCCCGCCUGCUGCUGUGCCUCUCAAGGCAGAGCCGUUUGUUUGGGUUAACAAUGCAUCAGCACAUUCCCAGAAUGUGGCCAAGGCAAAGUACGAAUUUCUGUUUGGCAAGUCAGAAGAGAAAACUCCAGAUACUAGUGAUCAUGGAGGAAGCACUUUACUCCCACCGACUGUCACAAAUGAAUUUCCAGAAUAUGGGACCAUGGAGGAAGGAGGGGAAGGCCUCAGAGCCUCUCUAGACUUUGACGCAAAGUCUCCGCCAUGCCGCCUGCCUGGGCAGCAGGCAGUCCACCUUCUUGCUGGACAAGACUCUAUGCUUAGCAGUAUUACAGAAGGACCAAAUGAUGCCCCUCAGUGUCACCCCCAGGAACAAAGUUUACAACCCAUUGACUCUUUAAUUUCUGCUCUGAAAGCUACAGAAGCAAGAAUAGCUUCAGGAACAUUUCAAGCUACAAAGGUACUGGACAAAGAUGCUAAUCUUUCAGUUCACCAGGUGGAUAAAGAACUGAGUACUGCCAGUCAUAAGCCACACAGAGCCCAUAGAACAUUCCCCGUUGGCCCAGGAAAAUCACCAGAUAUACCUCUUUCAGCGGAAGUACCAACGGAGGAAAAUUUCUCUUUGCACAUCCAGGAGGAUCUGACUGAACUCUUACCUGAAGAAGCUCAAGCACAACUGUCCCGGAUAACUAGUUACAGGAGACAAGGGCCUCUCCAUGUGCCAGAGUCAGCAUGUCCUGUGUCCUCAGGCCCAGCAGGGAGCCAUAACCCUGUGGACAGAGUUGGUGCUGUAAAAGAUCAGAGGUCUGACCUUGGAAGAGAGCACCCUAGAGGAUGCGAUCGGGGUGGCUCCAUGGGGCGCCAGGGCCGAAUCAAACACGUAGAGUUUCAAGGAGUAGAAAUACUGUGGACAGGGGAGGAGGCAGAGAGCCGGCAUCCUGUAGGCUUUGAGACAUCACCAGAAAGGACAGCCUCACCUGCGAGCCAAGAGUUUGCCAGAGGACCCAGCCAUUCUAGCCCCGCUGCUGGUGUGAGGACCAGCUCCACUCAGGGAACUGGGCACGUCUGGGGUGAAACCUGCAAAGUUCCUUCAGCAAGGCCUGGCACCAGCUUAGGCUCUCUGUCCCCUGUGCCUCGUGGCGAGAGUGGAGAGGACGACGUCUUCCUGAGAGAAAGCAAAGAACAUCUUGAGGAGAACUUUGAAAUACAGGGAGACAAAGAAAGGUUUCUCGAUCAAGAGGAGCACCUUAGAGGAGGAGAUGAUGAUAUUCUUGGGCCUGGAUAUACGGAGGACUCCACUGAUGUAUACAGCAGCCAAUUCGAAACUAUUUUGGACAAUACUUCCUUAUACUACAGCGCAGAGUCAUUAGAGACACUGUAUUCAGAACCGGAUAGCUAUUUUAGCUUCGAAAUGCCUCUUACUCCAAUGAUUCAGCAGCGCAUUAAAGAAGGUGGUCAGUUCUUGGAGAGGACCUCUGUGGGGGACCAUCAUGAUGUGCUGAGCGUGUCGGCAGAUGGUGGGAUAGUGAUGGGCUAUUCUACAGGGAUCACCAACGGCCUGCACGAUUCUGCCAACUCUGUCUACACCAGAGGCCCUCAGGAGAUCGCCUUCUGGGGAAGUAGGCGCCAUUGCUUUGCUGAGGGAAAAACAACACGGCUAGAUGCUGGUUCUGAAAUGGGGAGCACUGACAUUCUGGAAAAGGAGGCCACAGGAAGUCUCAGCAAUGGCAGUAACAGCAGUGUGGAGGCAGCCAAAAGACUGGCCAAGCGCUUGUAUCAGCUCGACAGAUUCAAGAGAUCCGAUGUGGCGAAACAUCUAGGCAAAAACAAUGAAUUUAGCAAGCUAGUUGCAGAAGAGUAUCUGAAGUUUUUUGAUUUCACAGGGAUGACGCUGGACCAGUCUCUCAGGUAUUUUUUAAAAGCAUUUUCUCUUGUGGGAGAAACCCAGGAGCGUGAGAGAGUAUUAAUACAUUUCUCCAAUAGAUAUUUUUCUUGUAAUCCAGACACUAUCACCUCAAAAGAUGGAGUGCAUUGCCUCACCUGUGCUAUGAUGCUCCUCAACACAGAUCUGCAUGGCCACAAUAUUGGAAAGAAGAUGACCUGCCAGGAGUUCAUUACAAAUCUGCAAGGAGUAAAUGAAGGUGGGGAUUUCUCCAAGGAUCUCCUGAAAGCUCUGUACAACUCCAUCAAGAACGAGAAGCUUGAAUGGGCAGUAGAUGAUGAAGAGAAAAAAAAAUCUCUCUCAGAAGGUACUGAUGAGAAGGCUAAUGGAACACACCCAAAGACUAUCAGUCGUAUUGGGAGUACAACUAACCCAUUUUUGGACAUUCCUCAUGACCCAAAUGCUGCUGUAUACAAAAGUGGAUUUUUGGCUCGCAAAAUCCAUGCAGACAUGGAUGGAAAGAAGACUCCAAGAGGAAAGCGAGGAUGGAAAACCUUCUAUGCUGUCCUGAAGGGAACAGUUCUUUACUUACAAAAGGAUGAAUAUAAGCCAGAGAAGUCUCUGUCCGAUGAAGACCUGAAGAAUGCAGUGAGUGUGCACCAUGCUCUAGCGUCCAAGGCCGUCGACUACGAGAAGAAGCCAAACGUGUUUAAGCUCAAGACUGCAGACUGGAGGGUCUUGCUUUUCCAAACCCAGAGUCCAGAGGAAAUGCAAGGGUGGAUAAACAAAAUCAACUGUGUGGCAGCUGUGUUUUCCGCACCACCUUUCCCAGCAGCCAUUGGCUCUCAGAAGAAGUUUAGCCGCCCACUUCUGCCAGCCACCACAACAAAAUUAUCCCAGGAGGAACAGCUGAAAUCCCAUGAAGGCAAACUGAAGCAGAUCCGCACUGAGCUGGCUGAGCAUCGCUCGUAUCCCCCAGACAAGAAGGUCAAAGCCAAGGAUGUGGAUGAAUACAAGCUUAAAGAUCACUAUCUGGAGUUUGAGAAAAGCCGUUAUGAAAUUUAUGUCAGCAUUCUGAAAGAAGGAGGCAAAGAGCUCCUGACUGCCGAGGGGAAUGAGCCAGUGGGACUGAAGAAGUCACACUCCAGCCCUUCCCUUAACCCAGAUGCAUCUCCAGUCACUGCCAAGGUCAAGCGCAACGUGUCAGAGAGAAAGGACCACCGACCCGAGACACCGGGCAUUAAGCAAAAAGUUACUUAGGAGCCAUCUGCGGCCAGGAAGUGCUGGUCAUGGAGCAAAAUAGGGUUUUUCAAGAUCUUUCUGGUAAUCCGUGAAUAUAUUUAAAAAAAAAACAGUCUGUGACUAAAUGGUGCAUUAGUAACCUUUUAUAUUGUCUAUUUUUGUUAGUUUCUGUACAGGUGUCUUUGCUCUUGAGUUUCUUGCUUUGAUGAUUUGGACAACUUUAUAACUAAUGCACCUUUUGUGAGGAGGAGGGUUACAGACCCUCCUUCUGCUUUCUCUUAUUUGCACUUCCGCACAGUCAUUUUAUGUAUUCCCGAUCAAUUGUUGUACUUUUUUUUUUUAGGUUUAAAUUUUUGUGAAACACAUAACUGGACAAGCAUUGUGCUUUAGCAAACUCCAGACUUUACAUGUGAAAUCCUGCCCAGUCAUGGAGGUGAAGUUGAAAGUUCAUAGUUGGCUCGCAGAAAAAUGGCAGUGCUGGGGACCAAGGUGUCCCAAGGUGGGGUACUUCUGCGUUCAUCCUGGCACCUGUUGGUGGUGCUGGACACAGGACAAACGGGAGCACGAGGCUGACAGAACUGGAGACCUUAGGGACGCACAGGAGCUUGUCUCAGGUGUGCAUUCCUUCCCAGCCAUGCAAGGGAAUUCAGGAGUGGAUUCAUCUUGCUUGAAGGGAGGCGGAGGGUGGCUUGAUCUCGAGCCACUUUUGUGUUCUAGAGUCUGGUGGCAGUAAUCAGCUCUUCAGAGCUACAGCAGUAGGAUGUGUGGUCUUCUCUAGGAAUGUUACCUUACUCCCAUGGGAUCUAGACUAGGAAUCAAAAUCAUCUCUGUGAUUGAUACCUUUCCAUCCAGGAAUAGAUUCAUUUUACAUAGAUGUGCAGGCAUGGAUCAUGUCCUGGUUGAAACAAAACAAUGUUAAAAAUGAAUACCACCCCCAACCCCCCCCCACACACACACUUCUUUCUUUUUUUCUAUAUCAAUACAAAAAAAAGGAGCAAUACAGCUGCAGUUCUUCACCAGGAUUAGUGGCCAUCAGACCGAAUCUGUAAUCAGUUUGCUCACAGUAACUGAGGGUGGAGGAUCUGAUGGCGGAUGUGCAGCUUCUUCCCUCAGUCUGGUCACAGUGACUGGGGGUGGAGGAUCUGAUGGUGGAUGUGCAGCUUCUUCCCUCAGUCUGGUCACAGUGACCGAGGGUGGAGGAUCUGAUGGCGGAUGUGCAGCUUCUUCCCUCAGUCUGGUCACAGUGACCGAGGGUGGAGGAUCUGAUGGCGGAUGUGCAGCUUCUUCCCUCAGUCUGGUCACAGUGACUGGGGGUGGAGGAUCUGAUGGCGGACGUCUUCCCUUUAUUCUCUUCUCCACCUCUAUAGCUGUCUCGCCAUGUCACUGUUAAGAUUGCUCCUGGAAUUACUUGUAUUCAUUUCAUCUUAUUGUUUUCCUGUGUUCAAAAUGGCUUCACCUUCCAGUCAAAGCAGCCCCUUUAAAAUUUAAAGUAUUAAAUAGAAUAUUAUCUAUAGAGGAAGAGAAAAGUGUAAAAGGUGAGCUUCCUGUGUGGCUGAAAACUGUCCGGUUUCCAGCCUUGAAACUGUAUUCUCUAAAAUUACUAUCUACCUAUCAAAAUAUCUUCAAAAUUAACAGGACGACAUUUAGAUAGUCUUUAUCCUCCUUAAGUAUUUCCUCUAUUUCUACUUGGUUAGUUGAAGGUACUAUGACCAGAGAAUCAGCUGCUCUUGCAUGAAUAGCAUGAUUCUAGUAAGUUAGAGAUAGCCUGUUAAAAAACCCUGGUAGUAUAUAGGGACGUCUCAUUAGGCUGAAGUAGCAUUUAGUCACAGGACAGUGUGCAAGCUAACUUCCGUCACCUCUGCACACGCCCACCUUGCUUGUGCCUCAGAAUGCUAACAUUUCUCUCCAGUACAUUAGUUGCUUGCUUCAUGGUAUUUUGCCACACUAUUGGGAAAAAAAAAAAAAAACUCCCUUAAACUUCUAUCUCCAUUAAGUAAAGGCAGUGAUUUAAUUUAUAUCUCAGAACCAUGAAGCAAAUAUGAUAGUCAGCAUUGUGGUUCCAUAUACCUGAACUAUUUCAUAGCAUCCUAGUGAAUCCAGUAUUUCCCAAGCAGCUUGUCUUUCUUCGAGAAGGUGAACUAUCACUGUCUGCUUUUUGCCUAAGUCUUUGUAAUCCCUGAAGGGAAAGGUACCAAGACCUUUGAGUCUUGACCACCAUCUUUGAGCAUCAGUAGCUGAAGAGGAGUUAACAUGUCUAAGUAUGUUUGUCCACAGUAUGUGUCUAUAUGUAUAGAAUAUUUGUGUGUACUUACAUAGAGUAUCUAAUAUACAAUGAAUGGUACCUUGCCGCAGAGUUUUCUGACAUGGAGAAUUGUCUCGGAACACCCUUAGCAUUAUUAGCUCUGCCACUGUUCCUGUUUCAGGACUCACUAGUGUUGGCUCCAGAGCUUCUGGACACACUUAUAGAUAAUCAGAUGACAAAGGCACUUUUAAAGCUGUGGACUACUGUGUCUGCAUCGUUUGUAAUAAUCCCAGCCUGCCCUAGUGUAAUGUUGUCUACCUUUGGGGAACAGGCUAAAAAUGUGUCUUCCCUGAGGCCUCUGGAAGAAUGCUGCAUUCUCUGAUCUGAUGGGACUCUAGGAGUCUGGCCCAUAGCCAACCCCAUUUCUCCCACAGUAUUGAGUCCUAAGAAAUGGAAGGUGGUCCUUUGUGCAGCUCUCCUGAGCCCGGUGCCCAGUGCAUGGUACAGGGAGCUCUUGUCCCUCUUCUGUAAAUGGUACUUCAUCUUGUCCCACCUAUACCUACUGUCACCCUACCUCAGUGUCCUGGAGUCUUGGAAUUCCUCUCCAUAUUUUAAAGCAUUAUCUAUAUUACAUUAAUACCUUAAAGGAUGAUUCUUAGUAUUGAAAAUAUCAACAAGUUAUCAAAAGACUUUGGCGAUAGUCUUGUUGAAAACCUGACAAUUGAAGUACCCCUUGUAUAAAAUCUGUGUGUAUCUUGGGCUUCAGCCCUACCUCACAUGCUGAAUUCUAAAAAAAUUUACCAGGAACCCAGUUUUAAAAUUUCUACUCAGAGUCUUUGUUUUAUUGGCAUAUCAUUAGCAUUUCUGAAAAUGUACUUCUAAAAGUAUACAUAAUUUAUCUAACUCUUAGCAAUGUCUAAUUAGGUCACCUGCUACUUAUAAUGUUUCCAUUAUUCUGUAUGAAAUCAGCAUGUGGGAGAGUCCUCUGGUAGAAAUAGUUUACAGGUUAUAUGUAACUUUUUUAAAAUGCGCUUAGAUGGAGCCAUUUUCUCAUGCAACGAUCUUGUGAAGUGUGUAAGGUGCUGUGUGCCCCUCUGGUCCCCCCCCCCAUCCCCCGUCAUCCUGAAGGUAAGGACUAUUUCCAAGGAAAAUGUAGUGUGAGGGAAUUGGUUCUGAAAGCGGAAAACCUGCUGGUUUCCAAGGCCCAGCUAGGGUUGUGCUAUAAUCUCCUUGGGAAACUGAGAGCAGGAAUGUAUAAAGCUUCUUCACCUUCUGCCCUUUUAACAUAUAACAGGCAAGGAGGAAGGAUCAUGCUCUGAAGUAAGGAAAGACCAUCCUGAGAUGCUCAUCAUCUGCCUUUUUUAUUAGUCAAUUUUCCAUUGUCUUCCCAAAUAAGAGAGACCUUCGAGGAAGUUAGCCGAACAUGAAAUUUUAAUUCGUUGGCUUUUUUUUUUCUAUUAGUCAUCAGUAAAGCCUUGCCUGACAUUAAUUUUCUUAGUUCUGAACAUCUAAGUGUUUGUAGUUUAGCUAUUAUGGAUAUAAGUUUUUUUUCAGGUCAGCAGCCCCCUUCCUGGUUUUAGCAGAAAAUGAUCCUGUUGUAGUUCAGAUAGCAGUGUAUUUUUCCUGUUCACUCUAGAGCCAAAGCAGAAUGGUAGCAUCAGUUAGACAUAGACUGCGAUUCAAGAAUGGUCAUACAUGGGGGGGGGGGGGGUCUGAGGCCUGGCAACUCUUGUUUCAGAGCAUCUGUGAUACUCAGACAGAAACAGACCAGUCAGUUUUAUAGGCAGAGGACCUGUCUUGCUCAGAGCCUCUUGGCUUCAUUCACCCAGGCCAGGCUGCUGGUAAAUUAGCAGAAGUCUCGCCGCCCAUUUGACAUCUGCCGUCAUCAUGCCUUCCAGAGGACUUACUUGAUCAAGCCACAUAAACCAACCACUGACAUACUACAGAGGUACUUUUGUCACUGCACUUCCUUUCAGACCCCUUUCAUCCUUCACACUUAACAGGACUGAUAUCUGAGGUCAUUCUCAUUCUGUAUCUAUAGUGGGCAUCUUAUAGCAGUUGGCUCAUUGCAUGUGGAGAGAAUGUCAGUAAAUACUUGAAUCUGCAUGGCAGUUUGCUGACUUGUAUGCAAGAGCAAGGAGCAAGGAAUACAGCACGUUACUUGCACAUACAGUAGGUUUCCUUAGGUCUUGUGGGCAUAUCCUUUGUAAUUUAUAUGUAUAUCUGUUGUAUUGAAGCAUUAGGGGAAAUACUUGUAUAGAAAGUAUGUCAUAUGUCAAAGGAAAUGCUUUCUGUCACCUGCCAGUGUUGUAUUUGUGGGUAUUUAUAGUUGUAUGUAUGUAUGCGCAUCAAUGUGUAGACUGUGUAUCAGUAUAUGGUGUAUAUAUAUAUGUCGAAAUUAUUUUUGUCUUUUAACAACCAGUAUAAUAUGAAAAGAAAGUUUAAAAACCUCAUGAUUAUAUAGUACAGUUGUUGAAAGUUCAUAUAGUGGUGUCAUUUUAUUAAACUUAAAUUCAAAUGAUAUUUUGAUUAAAUUUUUUAGUAAGACUUUACACUAGAAAAUUCCAUCUUUAAGUUUUGAAUUACCAGGGCAAAAAAAAAUGACUUUAAACUAAACUUGUGACUCUAUUGACUUGUACAGUGUGCAAUACAGUGAGAACUCAUUAUAAUUUGGGAACUACAGAAGAUGUUGAGGGGAAGUCAGCCUGGGCAGGCUUAGCAAUUUUAGUAUAGAGCACUUAAGAAUAAAGUUGAUAACUUAGGGCUUAUUACAAAAGGUGAUGCUUUCAAGCUCACGUUCUUUAUUGUUGUAAUUAGUCCAGAAAAACACAUAGCUUUCCGAAGAACUAAGUAAGUACCCAGUGUCUCUCUUAUGUACUGGUGUAUAUUUUAGAGUAGAUCUCUCUCCUGGUGCCGUAUCUUUGCCCUCUUUGAUAUAAAAGAAUAUCACAGAUACUGAAGUCUAUCAGGGCAUCCCAAGAUCGGGUACUGUAUUCCAGGUUCACAGUUGCACAAAUUAACAGCUAGUAUUGUAGGUAAAAGGACUUUAGGAACAGGUUAGACUUUAUUUAAUAUUUUUAUACUUCGGUUUCUUUCUCCUGACUCUCCCCAAAGAAGAGCCACUGGCCUUAGUUGUUUAAUGUUAUUGCUUAUAUUAUAAAGUGUAAAUAGUAACUAAAGUUUUAUUAGCCAGCAUGUUUGGUAUAUUUAAAGCAGCGACUGAGUGUGUGAGUGUGUGGUUGGGUGCAGUGUCUGCUUGAACACACUGCUUCAUGUCUCCUUGUCUGAGUCAGAGAAUUGGAAGUGUGGGAUCCCAGACUCCGCUCCAGCUCCAGGCUGCAGUCCUGUAUUGGCAGUUACACUUGAGUUUAGUUUUUAUUAACUCUUCAGUCUCAAACUAUUUUUUAUAAAUUAUAUUUCCCAAUCUGGUUUGAUGUGUGGUGGGCUGGCUCUGUGGAUCAUCAGGGCUUCUGCAAGAAUAUUUCCUACUAAGAACUACUUGGGAUUUGCAGAAAACAGCCAUUGAUUCAGAAGCUGAGUAGUAGAACUAAGGUAUAUUUUAGGUUGUAGCUACUUGAAAAGUUUUAAUUUUAAUAUGAAGCCAUGAAAGUUGUAAAGCCAAGUAAUCAUUUGACAUGGAUAAUAAUAUUCACACUAGAGAGUAUAUAUGCACAUUGAAUUAUUAUGUCAUUAGGAUACUUUUUUAAGCUUUAGGAAUAAGAGUAACCAGACCAAAUUAAAGUGCAGGGGUGAGGGCACUGGUUUCCACUUGGGGUAGUUAUGUAUUAUUAAAUCUUCUCCUAAGAGACCCAAAACUGAUUAACCCUUAGGUGUUUAAGGAGAAAAUUGAAAACUGAUAGGCCUAGAACCUCAUCUGUGUAAUACAUACAGAGAGAGAGAGAGAGAGAGAGAGAGAGAGAGAGAGAUUUAAGCUAUACAGAUAUAUUUCCUUAAGACACGGAGGGCCAGAGUAUUCUGAUGAACGGAAGCAGUGGAAACUGUAUUACAGAUGUGUCCCAAGAACCAAGGGAAAUAAUGGAGUGCAGUGUCUGACUUUUGAAAUGGGACAGAUACUGUGUCCUUCUAGUGGAUACCAACUUGAAGGAAUUGUUGUGACCCAUAGGCAGUGACUCCAGAAUCCCCCACUAACGCUCUUCAAACCAUUCCUUCCAGAGGAGAAUGUAAACGGAGAAGCCAUAUUGCUUUCAAAGCCCACGCUGUGGUCUGCCUGCCGUGGCUUCUCAGAUGUAGGUGAAAGAGAUUGCACUGGACUGUGUUAAAUGGACUCAGCCAUUUGGCUGAGGACUUGUCCACAGGCCAGGAUCUUUGGGAUGAAAAUAGGCAGGCACCCAAAUACAAUGCACUUUUGCAGGGGAGAGUUCAGGUCUAACUGGUGGUAGUGUGAAAAUAAGCACCUUGACUUCAAUUUGGUGAAUGGAGAGAACUUUGGAGUUUCACUUAGCAUUUCCCCAUUGGUCCAUAUCAGUCUUUGAACACACCCCCAAGUUCCAGCCUCAAGGCUCCAUGAAGGAUCACAUAGCAGGUGUGAGGCUCACUGCUCUGAGCCCUUAGCCCAGGGCAGUGGAGAGCAGGGCGGGUCUUCCCUCUCUGAAGCUUCUCCUUGGCCUUCUUCUCCACUUGGGCUUCUGCUCAGCAGCAGGUAUAUUCUGGGUUCCAUGUUCCUUAGGAAUCCAGACAUCCCAGUGGCUUGACCCUGUUUAGGCAAGAUAUCAGCUCUGAGGGCGACCCAGUCACAGAGGAAGACAAGUAGGACACGAUCCACAGUUUGACACAAAACUGUGUUUUGUCUUUUCGAGAAACAAAUGGGCACAUUGAGUUCUGGUCAGCGUCAGAGGAUAUCUUUCCCUUUGCUCCCAGAUUUCCAGAAAUGGAUGCUUUCAUUUCUGUGAGAAGGGUCAAGAAGCAUAAAGUUGCUCAACAAAGCUUGGUUCCCUUGAGAGGUAUUGAGCAAAGGCCAACUUGCCUCCCUGCUUUCUCUUCUACCUCAAGUUUUCGGAAUUCAGUUCUGGAACAGAAAUUUACACAAGAACCCAUGUUGUCAGCCCUGGUUACUGUGGGACGCACAGGAACUGGGCUUUGACAGUCUAGUGAUCAGUUUAUAUCUACAGUGACUCCAAAUGAUUGGCAAUGUAUAACAUUCCUUUACCUUCAAAGUUUUCUCCAUUGGUCAUUUCAGUGUCACCACAGUUCUGGUGUCAUAAUGCCCCUGCAAAUUGUGAACAUAAUUAGUGUCAAAAUAGCACCCCCUUGUCAGUGGCCAAACCGUCAGCUGUAGCAGACCUGGGAAAGCUAGUAGUACCACACCAUGUACUGAAAACCUGUUCCUUAUCACGCACCAAACUCAAGAAAUGCUAUCUCCAAAUGGUGGCAUUCAAGGUGGUAGUCGUUUGAAUGGAACAGUAAUCUAUGUGGAUAUUGUUAAAGUGUUUAAAGAAUAUUUUGAAAAUUAAGUUUACAUUUUACAAUUGCUUUAUUUUUAUUGAAAUAAUUGUACAUAGAUAUUACCCUAUUUCGCUGUUAUUAAAGUAAACCUUGACCUUGAAGACAAUUGGGUCAACUGAUAUGUAUAGAAGAUGUGAUGUAGGCAGUACCUUUCUCUACUGUGUAAAUGGUCAUGAAUAUAACUGUCCCUGUGUUUUUAUAAGUUGAGGGUAUUUUGUUGUUUUACGAUGACAAAACUUAUUGCAUUUGAAAUGAUUUUUAUGUAAUAGAAAUCAUGCAAACAGUGAAGGAUUAUAAUAUGGUAUAUGUAAAUGUAUAAACUUUAGAAAGAAAUAAAUACAACAAAUUUCAAUCA